GUUUUGGAAGUCAUAUCUGUGAAUAUUUUCUAUCUUUAUCCAGCAAAAUGUCGUCACCAAGUCCUGGUAAACGGCGUACGGACACUGAUAUAUUGAAACUUAUUGAAAGUAGACAUGAAGUUACCAUAUUAAGUGGUUUGAAUGAAUUCUCGGUGAAAUUUUAUGGCCCGGUUGGAACUCCAUAUGAAGGUGGUGUAUGGAAAGUUAGAGUGGAUUUACCAGAAAAAUACCCUUUUAAAUCUCCAUCAAUAGGUUUUAUGAACAGAAUUUACCAUCCAAAUAUAGAUGAAGUGUCUGGUACAGUAUGUUUAGAUGUUAUAAAUCAAGCAUGGACAGCUUUAUAUGAUUUAUUAAAUAUAUUUGAAUCGUUUUUACCCCAGUUACUCACCUAUCCUAAUCCUAUAGAUCCUUUAAAUGGGGAUGCGGCAGCCCUAUAUUUACACAAACCAGAAGAAUAUAAAAAGAAAGUGAAAGAAUAUGUACAAAAAUAUGCAACGUCAGCAGCGCUGCGAGAACAAGAAGAAUCUUCUAGUGAAAGUUCCAUGAGUGAUUUCUCUGAAGAUGAAGCACAAGAUAUGGAACUAUAAUAUUUAGUUAAUUAUUUAAAUAUUGUUGUAUUAUCAUUGUAUAUAGAGUAUCAUAUAUAAUAUGUGUAAAUCACAUUAGGAUACGUUUCAAUGUGCAGGGCUUUGACCUUAAAGACCUUGCACAUACGAGCAUAUCCCAAACUACCAUUCUCAUCAAAAUAUUGCUUUAUCAGUUAUUGAGUAAUGUAACAAUAUUGCCCGACUAUGUGCAAUCAGUUGUGUCAUGCAAUCUUUUUUUUUUGAUUUAGAACAUUAAAUGAACACAACUGUUUUGCUAAUGCCAUUUAAAUGAUGACAACCCUUAAUCCUCUGAACGCCAAGUGUGAAUAAAAAUAAAACAUCAUACUAAUAUACCCUGAACUUCAAGACUGUUGUAACUUACUAACAUAAUAUGUUGCCAUUAGAGCAGCCGCUGGUGUUGAAAGGGUUAGGAAUUGUCUAUUGAAGAC